AUGGUAAAGCCUUCAAGAAAAGACUGGAGUUUGAAGCUUAAUGAUGCACCGUGGGCUUAUCGAACAGCAUUCAAGAACCCUAUCAGGAUGUCUCCAUACCACUUUGUCUAUGGAAAAUCAUGCCACUUACCAGUAGAACUGGAGCACAAAGCUUAUUGGGCUGUCUCGACAUGCAAUAAGGAAAUGGACGAAGCUGGUAAGGAAAGGCUAUUUCAGCUUCAAGAGAUAGAAGAAAUAGGACGAAAGGCCUAUGACAACUCCCAGAUGUACAAGGAAAAGUGCAAGGCUAUCCACGACAGUGGUAUCUUGAGGAAGAGUUUCAAGCUCUGUGACAAGGUCCUUAAAUUUAAAGCCCAUUUCAAGUUUGGGGACGGGAAGCUUAAAGAAAGAUGGGAUAGACCUUACACUAUAACAAAGGUCCUUGAUUAUAGAGCUUUUCAGCUCAAAGAUGAAAAGGAUGGCACUACACAUCUAGCCAAUGGACACCUCCUCAAGCUUUUCUAUGGCAAGCCUGCACAGACGUAA